AUGCAGCUCCUCUCUUUCACUCUCUUCUUGGCCCUCACGGCCGCCUCCCCCAUCGUCACCCCCGACACCCUCACAGAGUCCCAAGUCACCGCUAUUGCUCCCAAGUCCUCAUCUUGCGAUGACGCCCCGGCCAAAGGUGAAUGCGCAACCGCCAAGCAAGCCGCAAAAUUCACAUCUCAAUCCUUCGACACGUACAAAGUGACAUCGAAAGCCGAACAAGCGGCCAUUCUCAGCCUCAUGGCAUUCGAGAGUGGCGACUUCAAGUAUAACAAGAACCAUUUCCCCGGUGUGGCCGGACAAGGAACGCGCAACAUGCAAUCUCCUGAUUUCAAUAAGAAAUACGCGGCGUCGAUCCCGGCCCUGAAAGACAAGGCGGCCAGUGUCUCAGACCCUGCGGAUCUGCUUGAUCUAUUGAGAAAUGAUGGAGCCACGGACUUCGGAUCCGGUGCUUGGUUCCUUACUACGCAGUGCUCGAAAGAGGUGCGCUCCGCGCUGGCAGACGGCUCAGAGUCCGGGUGGCAGAAAUACAUCUCCGACUGUGUGGGCACAUCGGUCGACGACGACCGCAAGGCAUAUUGGGAGAGAGCUGUCAAGGCACUUGGAGUCUGA